CUCCGUGGUUAGGAAGAAAUUAAGCUAUGUCCGCUUUUCUACGCGUGGGCCACUUUUAGCAAUCUUGCUCGAAGAAGACCACCUCUUAAUACCUUCUUCGGUGAUGGGAAGUAGAAGUGAUGCACCACUAUGGAUAUUGAGACAUCAUUCGCCUAGUCCGAUUCAUGCUCUCAGGCUUGUGCAAUUGAAGCACCAUGACGAAGGCAAAAGCGCGGCUUUCAUCUUAGCCGGUGAUUCGCAAGGAAGGGUUUCGUUCAGCAGUCUAAAUGAUGUUCGACCUCGCUAUUUCUGGAAAGCGCACGAGAAAGGCGUUUUGGGUGUGGAUAUCAUUGAGCUUGAUGGUAAACUGGCCAUUUUGAGUCAAGGUCGUGAUAACAAGCUACAUGCUCAUCAAAUCCAGCUCUCCAACAUAACCUCUUUGGCUGUUUUGCCUUCACGCAUUCAAGAUGAUUUGACCGUUCCUGAUUUGAUUUGGUCGUUGGACGUGAACGCAUUGAAUUAUUGUCCGAUGAGCGUGCUACAUACGCCUCAGUCUAGACAAACAGGUCCAUUGGUAGCCAUCCCGCAUACACUCGAUUCUGGCUUUAUUGAUGUGAUUCAACUCUCGCCUGAAGAACGAAUCGCUCGUGCUGUCGGACAAGCAGACAUUCAAUCGAAUGGCAGUCGCGCUCAGAGGGCACCUAUGUGUAUGUCGAUGCAGCUCUUGGGACCUAAGUCAGGAGAAGAAGGCUUGCGAAUCAUUGCAGGAUACGAAGACGGUUACAUGCGAUCGUGGUCACUUCGGCAAGAUGGAUCCUCGGACCUAGAGUGGGAAUCGCGAAAGCAUAAUGAAUCAAUUAUGUCUUCUGCUUGUUCUCAAGAUAGAGCAUUUGCUGUGUCCGUUGGAGCUGAUGACAUUAUCGCAUUGUAUACACUCUAUCAAAAAUAUCAACGAGCAAAGAUUACCAAGAGUCGUGCAAUGGGUCAUGCAUCCGUCGCUAUUCGCAAGGAUGGAAAACUGAUUGCCGUUGGAGGAUGGGAUGGCAAUGUUCGUUUGUUCGAUAAUGAUUUACAGCAUUCUGCAUCUUUGCGUUAUCAUAAGGAUACAGUUCAAGCUGUGGCUUUUGCUGAAACUAGUAGUAUUGAAAUGAAAGCAACGCGAAAAGAGGAGGAUGAUAUCGACAACGUCGAUGAUGAAGAUGACGAUGAGAUAAAUACGAACGGUGUGUUGGGCAGCAAAACCAACAUUGAUAAUCUACUCAUCACAGGUGGCAAAGAGGGUCGCAUUUGUAUAUGGAGCACCUGAAUGUAAGAUUAAAUUGUACUUUUACCCUAUUCAUUCUGUACUUUAAUUCAAAGAUCUAUUACAACAUACACUUUACAAAUACAACGACAUUUUUCCGCCUUUUAACGACCACCACCACGAGUAGAACUGCCGCUAGGACCUUGAGGCAUAUGACCUUGUUGAGGAAUGCCAGGUCCGGGUCCAGCACCCGGAACGCCAGCUUUUUGCAAAUUGACCAUCUUAUCGGCCAUCCUUUGAGCUUCAUGAACGAUGACGGCUUGAUCAACCCAAGGAGCUGUGAAAGUUUCACUUCUUCUUAAUUCUUCCGUUCCUAUGUGCAUAUGACCUCCCGUUGCAUAAUU